CAUUUGCUGCCAGCAGAAUGACACUAAAAUUAAAACAGCAGUACACAUCGGAAACGCCACGAUCAAACGGUGAAAAUGACAUGCAGCCUCUUCAAACUUUAACCAGGGCUUCGUCCACGCAAGAAAGUGCCGAAACCAGAUCUAGAAUGAAACAUACUAUGGAAUUAUUGGAUUUAAACGACAAUGUACUGUAUCAGAUUUGCCGUCCUUUUAUUUUGGUUAUGCGAAUCGGUGGGAUAUUCUUCCUGCCAACAAAGUUAGAGCGCGUCAAGGAUUGCCACUCUAACAACUACAUACCUGACGAACCCGACGACUUCGGGGCUGGCCGUCGCACUAACCGAAACAGAUCGGAGUUACUAUGCCAGAUCUACUGCUGUACAGCAUUGUGCAUUGUUGUGACCUAUGGGUGUAAAUUCGCGUAUAAUUUCUAUGCCGUUAUCACUCCGAUGGGAGACAACGUAAUGACAACAACCAACUUAGCGACGCUGGUUUUGAUGCUUAGCUUUUCUAACUGGCAUAUCAACAUGAUCUUCUCCCAUUUUAUUAUGUUGCGCGCAUGCUGGAGGAGCUCACUGAUCUAUGAAUUUUUCGUACUGUGGGAAAGGGCACGAUAUAUUUGUCCUGAGGAGAACUGCAACCGAUUUUGCACACGCUUCCGCAGCAUCAGGAACGUUGUUGUUAUGUCCGCGCUUUUCUGUGUAUUUGCAAAUAUGCUCAGCGUUUUUCUUCCUUUAUUGAUCGCCAGUAAGGAUUACGAAGCUGUACGCCAGGUUAUCUACGCUGGUUUCGGAACGGAUAAUAUUCCUAUUUGUAUUUUCCAGCUGAUUGGACAUUUCUUUGCUAGCUUUAUCUACAUUUUGCCGGUCUUCUUUUAUGUUUUAUUAUGUCAAGCUGUUGCUCAGGAUUUUCAGCAUCUGAAUCGUGACCUUUCUGAUCGCAUUGGCGAAGAUGGUUCAUUCAGUGGCAAUUUGGAGUGGUACCGUUUACGACACAUACAGCUGUGUCGCCUUGUAGAGCAUGGUGACAACGUGUUCUCACUUUUUACUCUGGUAUCCAUUGCGUCCAGUGUGGCCCAAAUGUUCAUGCUAGUGUUCGUGACCUUUGAAUACGGUAGAAAGGGAUUGUUUAGUGUAGUUUCAGGAUUGACCGAAUUCUUUUGGUUUCUUCUUUAUUUGCUGCAGCCGGCGUUGUUGUUUGGUAUGGGAAUGAAGCUGAACGAAGCGGCGCAUUCUCCUCUUUGGGCACUUUACCAGCUUAAUCAUGAAAAGCUAGCAACAUCGGAAGUUCUUCAGUUGCACACCUUCCUCAACAAUCUUUCCUGCAAUCAAAUUGGUUUUACUGCGUGGAAAAUGUUUGUAGUGGAAGCACCAGCGUUACUGAGCAUUCUUGGGAUUUACUGUACGUACCAAAUUCUACUUUUUCAACUCCAGUUGGAUCUAGACGACAAAAGUGACAACAGCACAAAGGGUCACUGAAACUGAACUGGCGGAACCGCUCAAAGAUUAGCAUGACUGAUUGAUUGCGCUCCAGAAAAGCCAAUUAUCAAAAGUAGAAUCGGGUAGCGGGAAAGCGGAAAACAAGUAUCUUUAAAUAUCCACCUGUCCAGUAUUUUCAAACAAUUAUUUGUAAAGUUUUUUAUCACCCUCUGUGCAA